AAAAACAGAAUGUUGACAUGAGUGCACUGACACACGACACAAAAAAUAGCGGACAAGCGAAACGAAACAGCACUUUUUUUGUCCCAGCUCUACGAAUCUCUUGCAAAAAAUUUUUUUAAUUUAAGUCGCCCUUAAAGCACAAAAAGUUACCUCGCAACUGCAUAAUCCUUAAGCAAUGCUAUCACAAUCGUUUCGCAAAUGGGUGGUAACUAAAAGGCUUUCGAGUUAGUUCAACGGGGAAACCCCAUCCAUUACACUACUUCCUAAUUUGACUGAAUGAGAGACAGAGACGCUGUAAAAUUAGUUCAGAUGAAUCGGGUCGUAGAGACAGCAAGCAGUACAGUCCCGUCGUGAAGGACAACAUUAUGUCAUAUUGGCAUAUUGACAUUGCCCUAAAACUUAACUACUCGCAUCAUUAACAUAAUCAAGGACAGCCAAGUGCAUGCGUGCAACAUUUUAUUCUGCGUUUUAAGAAAUUAUUUUCCUUGAAGGCUUUGAGCAUAAAGCGUUUAAUGGGGGAUAUAUAAGAGGAUAACUAUGAUCUUAAGUGCUUCAGUAAGCUGUGCUAAAACAUCUUGAACAAAGCAUAUGUAAGUAUUGUCAUUGCCAAAUUAAGGCAACUUGGAAUGGUUGCAAUUUUAGGAGCCAAAUAAGUGUUUUGAAAAACGUCAGCUUGACAAAAUGUUGACAAGGGGAUUUAUCUAGAAAAAGGACCUAUAGACCUGAGGAGAAUGACCAUGAGCGGCAGUAAUCACACAGUUCCGUCUGCGCCGCUGGACCUGACCAACAAAACUAGAGAGCGUGGGAGCUGCAGUCAGGGACCGACAGGCGACCCAAGUCCCCCAACACAUAGCUCAGACAGGCACAAGUGCAGCAAUGGACAAACAGUUCAUGCCCUCGCACCACGGGACAGUUGUAAUGGCUCUUCGUCGACUCAAACAGCCGAUGCUAAUGGCAUGGGAAACAGAACGACUGACGAUCUCGGACAAACCCGACCUGUCACCCCCAACACGAAGUGCAAUCUGACGGACACUGCAGGAAUAUCCAAAGAUUCCUCAUUCUCCAAACUUCCGAUCAGGAAGCGUCCUUUUCCUCUUGAUCAUGAUCUCGCCGGUCCGAGGAAUUUUCGUGACGAACAGCACAACGAACCUAAAAGGAGACAUAGCCCCAGUCCAAAAACGUACCCUGACCGGACUCAUUUAAACACAGAUGUACAGAGGACAGUGAAUGAAGCUCGUGAUCAUCAGACCCACACGGACUCCCAGUCCCAGUUUAUGCCACCCGGGACUGCAUACUUGAUUGCAGGGUGUCCAUAUUACCAAUGGGCUCCGCAGUACACCAGUCCACGGAAACCCAUUGCCAUACAGACAACUCUGCUGGAAAGUGCAGAUCGACCACUAGCUGAUAUUGCUGCGGCAACACAUCAAGAUGAGGAUGGUGACACGCCUCUUCACAUUGCUGUGGUUAAGGAGAAUGCUAAACUGGUCACAUGGCUUAUUGAAAUAUUUCGAAGGGCCCACAAAGACCUGGACAUUUUCAAUAACCUACGACAGACACCAUUGCACUUGGCUGUAAUCACCGGUCAGCCCAGUCUGGUCAAAGCUCUCCUAGAUGCAGGUGCUGACGCUGGAGCUCUGGACCGUCACGGACAAACAGCGCUGCAUCUGUGUUGUGAGCAUGGAGAGGCUGAAUGCCUGGCCGUAAUCCUCAGACACUACGCACACAACCCUUCACCCCAUCUGGAGGUCAGGAACUAUGAGGGUCUGACUCCCCUCCACCUGGCAGUGCAGAACAGAGAUAUAAAGGUGACAAGAAUCUUACUAGACGGUGGAGCUGAGAUCAAUGCUGGGGACAACAAGAGCGGUCGCAGUCCACUGAUGCAUGCUGUCGAAAACGACUGUAUUGACAUGGUCAAGUUACUGAUCGAGAGUAGGUGUGAUGUGAAUGCACAGUCUUAUAGUGGGAACACAGCCUUACACAGCGCCUGUGGCAGGGGUCGAAUAGAGAUUGUCAGAGUGUUGCUGAAGAAUGGAGCAGACAAUAGUCUAAAAAACAACCAUAAUGAUACUGCCAUCAUGGUAGCAAAAAACAAAAAGGUGUCCGAUGUGCUGCGUGGGAAAGGCACCCGUAACACUGCGAAAGGGCUUUCAAGCAGUACCGGCUCUCUGUCUCCGGGCAGCUCAAAUCAUUCUCCAUUGGUAACUCCCACCCAUCAGAGCAGCACAGCACUUUCCCCUGGGGCUCCAGUUUCACAUUUGCCCAGGAGUCAGUCAGUAGAGAGCAUUUCAGAACGUCAAUCGCCAGUCAAUGGCAAUGAAAGAAUACCAAGGACUUUCCAUAACAUUGCAGACAACAGGGCAAAUCUCGGAAUGACGACAUAUCCAUUCCGAUGUUUUUCACCACCUGGGUACGAUCAGAUAAACCCUUCACACAUCCAGAGGACGUUAAUCGCGAGUCCUCCAUUUUACUAUGCAUCUGGUAUUCAAAAGACACAAUUUUACACCGAUGCACCGUUCAUCCUCCUUCCUGCUAUUUCUGUGCCGGUCACAUAUGGCUCUCCUUCUUUACAGUGUACUGUUAGCCAAUCACGACCAUCCAGUCAAAGCAGUGACCAAUCAGACAUGUCCACUAUGAGUAUAAACAGUGACGAAAGAGGUGUUAGUUGAUAAUUGCUAAACAUUUAACCACUGUGGCAAAGCCAACCUGAAUUGUGUUAUUUGACCUUUUGUUAAUGUGUGAACACAAUGACUGAAUUAUAUAAAUAAUUUUGUUUAUAGGCAUUUUUGUAAUCUGUGGUAUAUCUAAAGAGAUACUGUAUGAUGUGGCUUGCUGUGUAAUUUAAUAGAUUUUAGCAUUUUUGUUUACUGCAUAGUGUAUUGCAAAGAGCUAUAAUAUUUAUAGGUGUUAUAGCAAGACGGCAGAAUCAUUUUUAUGUUCUACAUUGUAUUAAAUUAUGUGCUGUCUAUGUGUAUUUGAGGAGAAACAGGAGAGAGACAAACUUUUCCAUUAGAGUUUCGUCUGAUUUUGUAUUUAAAUAUCAAAAUUGCUUGAUUUUCUUUUUCGAUUAUGAUGAUUUAUUACUUUUUAUGAUUUAAGUUUGACAAACACACUGCAUUUCAUACAGAGAAGUGAAUUUUCAUAAUGCACACAUGACACACAAUAUUAAUAACCUUUAUACCAUGGGCCUGUUGAAUGCUUUAAUCUCAUUGGCUGAGAAAUCUUCCAUGGGUGUUGAUUAUUUUUCUGUAAACAGCACACCUGACCUGUCAAAUGUCUUAAAAAUAGGCACCAGAGCAAUUUUGUGGUAACCGUGGUAUAAGUGGAAUAAUUUACUCUGGUCCUUUAAAUUAUUAUUUUCUUAUAAUUCAAUGGCCCGUCAUUAUUUAUUCCUUAAAUGCUUAUGAAAAAUUAGUAAGAAAAAGUUUAUAAGAAAAUUGAAACAGUAUUGGACACAGAAUCCCUCUAAAAUUGUGACUAUACACCAAGUUAAUGUUUGUGGACAAAAUUUUGAAUGGCAGUCCCUGUUUGAUAAAGUUCUGUGACAGAUUUUGAUAUAAUGCAAGAAUAGUGAUAAAACUGACUUAUUGAAAAGUGGGUUAUGUAUAUAUAAAGUCAUUGUAUAAGAAGAAGGGUAAGUGGCGGGUUUAGACCAUGUCCAACCAAAAUCUUGUGGCAGUUUAAACCUUAUUAUUACAAAUAUACCUACAGGUCCUUUAAUAUGAAUUUCUCUUUGUACUUUUGGUGACGUGGCUUGAAGUAAUGUGAAUGUAUGCUUGUUUUGUUUCCAUAUGAAUGUGUCGCUAUAAAUGCAGCAGUGUAUAGUAACCUAAUUUACUAAGUUUAAAAAUAAAUAUUUUUUUACAUAA